CAACGCAGCCGGCGGCUGUUUGCGUUGGCAAACAGCCAAAGGAAGACAUCUGGGUUCUGUCACCUACUCUCCAGCUAGAUGCGCAUGGAGAGGAGAUACCACCAGAAAGACAGAUGUACUACUGGGUAGACAAACUCCUUCCAAUGUCAGGAAGCAACCUAGAAGUGCCAGAACAUUUCAACAAUGCCAAUUCAGAGCAAGUUCUGAGAGAUGUGUUUCUAUCGUUGGCAGAAACGUUGCACGAAAAUGCGAUGGCCGCAUUUUUCACUGUAGCAUGUGUCUGCAUGUCCUUGCACUAUGAGACAGUAAUAGAUUUGUAUAAGUGCUGCCCGGUGCCAAUUAUUAUCGGGGAUAUAAAUACAGGCAAAACUACCUCUUGCCGGAUGGCAUCUAAAAUGACAGGGGCGAAGAAUGCUUUACUUGGGUAUGCACGUGAGAGAUACUUGCCAAAGGCAACUGCUUCUUCCUCUAUCCCAGUCAUCAUAGACGAUGCUGAGCCUGCAAGUAUUAAGGGCUUGAUGACAAAGUACUUUAAUGCUGGGGUUGAUGCGACAUGCUCAGUGGAAGCAACUCCAAAGUGUUGUCCUGUUGUGAGUGCAAACUGGUUUGCUCUCUCUAAAUUGGCUGGAUGUGAGCGUGAGAUGACAAGGGCGGUGAUCGUACCAUUUCUCAGUACACAAAGAAGAUGUGACGAGCGUCAAUUUCAGGCAGAAAGCAACAGACACGAACUCGAAAACUCUGCUGUGCAGCGUAUGCCUGUGCUUAUUGCAGCUGGUGUGGAAAUGAGAGAAAACAGAAGAAAAAUCUCCCAGACAAGUAGAGUUGCUGUAGCAAGAGCAUUAUCCCAUCUCACAGAUGCAGAUGACCGCUUACAUCUGACCUAUGGGAUACUUCUGUUUCUAACUGAAUACCUCCUACGGAAGGCUAAUCUUCAAAGCUACCCACCUGACCUCGCUACGGAAUUCUUCAACAGUACAAUUGUUACCCAUGGCAUUGAACAGUUCCAGGUUGGGAGUGCAAAAAUGAGAGGGUUCCCAUCACCCAGCAAAGACAUUGCGGACAUUGCCGGUUUGAUCAUCGAUGCAACAAGAGUGUUGGGCCUCUGAGAGCUUUUGACUGCCAUAAAUCCGAAGGUUGAGUAUCAACUCAGCAAAGGCUUGGCAUUUAACCUUGCCCGACUAAUGGAUAUGCUAGAUGCCAAAGAGAUCCCUCACCCACCAAAGGAGGCUUGUAAAAAGGCGAUUGCUUCAGAUCCCAUGAUGACAACUAUUCAGGUUUUCCUAAACAUAGAGUCAACUCAUCAAAGGAUUUGCAGAAGAGGAGGGAACUCAUCGGGACCCAGGAACAGAAGAUGUGUAUGGAUACCCUUUGCCAGGUUUUCCCGCAUACAGCUAUCAGAAAUUGAAGACGCCUUCCAGAUAAAGACUCAAGAAGGGAUCACAGAGGAGGGCAGCACGAUGGAACCAGAGGAGAAUAUAGAGGCGGAGCGCAUUGAAGAAGCGGAUGUGCUGGAGCGUGAGACGGGUGAUGGCAAAAUGAAAGCACAAGCAGAAAGAGGGACUGAUCAAAUUGAGGAAGGGGACAUGCAGGAGGAAGCACUUAGACAGGAAACAGAUGGUGGCACGAUGGAACCAGAGGAGGGUAGAGAGGUAGAGCCUAUUGUAGAGGGGGACAUGCAGGAGGAAAAAACUGGACAAGAGACUGGUGGUGAUAAAUUGAAAGCAGGAGAAGACAGAGAGGAUGAGCCAAUAGAAGGGGAUGUGCAGGAGGAAGCACAUGAACAUGAGACAGACGUAUCAAAGGAAGACACUUCAGUCUCUCUCCAGCAAGCUACUCGACGUCUGUUUUCAAAGAGUCUUCACCAUAAUGAACUCAGUGAACGUUGUAAAGUUCAACCAGUGGACACCGAGCUGCAGAAUAUGUGUGGAAAAUGCAAGAAGCUGAACCCCACAAAAAGAACACGGAAACAACACAAGAAAAUCAAGUGGAUCUGCUGUUGCACAUGCUGCCAGUGGUUUCAUCAGGAAUGCAUAAAUUUAAAGGUAUCAGCAAGAGAGGCAGCACAGAUGCAUUUCCAGUGUGAACACUGUAAAACCAUCUAAGCUUUUUUCAGUAUAGCAUGGAAAAGGUGGCCGAGUUGGACAAUAUAACUAGGUUGGGGAAUGUUCGUUUAUCACAGUGAUGCGAGCCUGCACAAAGAAAUGCAGGCAACUAAGUCAAUUUAAAUACAUUUGAUUUGUGUAAACAGGUUAGAAAUUUAUUAAAUCGUUCCAUGUAUCAUCAUAAUACAAAAAUAGUUAGUUUGGUAUAUUUAGUGUACCUUCUUAACAUUGCUUGAAACCAAUGUUUGUACUGAGUGUGUUUAAAUGAGAGAUAGUACACCAAGAUUUAUAUGAGAUUAAUGCAGUUUAAUCUGAUAGUCAUUAAUCAACCUGGUCACAAUUCUUUAAUCUCAUUGUUACUCAGAAAUCAACUUGGUAAAGAACCAGUAUUCACUUACAUAUUCGCUUCUCGGUACAAAUUGUAAGGCAUCCCAACAAUGUUAAAGUUUCCUUGAUUAACACCAAAGGUAAUCCAAAAACAAAUUAAGCUGUUUAGCUGAUUUAAACUUUUGGGGUUUCAGAUGUUGGCCUAGAUUUGACGCUUUUUUAUACUCCUGCUCUGUACUGAGUAUGGGAACCUUUUACAUUAAUUCCAGCUUUUGGGUGAUUCUUGUUAGCUUUAAUUUGAAGUGGCCAAUCCCAUCCCUGCAAACUAUGUUGCCCAACCAAAAAAGAAAAAUGAAUUAUCUGUGGUUCACAUUCUCCAACAAAUUCAGUCUUAACUCUUUGUGCUCUUUGGAACUCUAUUUGGUAAGGAUUCUUCAAGGUAAAUGUAACUUUUGAAAAAGAUUCGAUACAAAAAAAGCAAUAUUCUUUUUCUUUGGUGGUGUCCAUCAAUUGUGAUUAAAUAUAUCCUGGUGAGAAACAUUAUGUUUGAUAAACAUUUUAGUGAUCUUGAUGGAAAUAAAAUAUUAAGUGCAUUAAUCAGUAACUAUUCAAUCUUUAUAUUCCUCUGUGAGCUGCAAUUUUCCAUUAGCCAUCAGGAUUUUAAAAUAGGAAUCGGCGCAGUAACGACUCAGUUCUUGAGCAUUGCAUGUCUUCGGCUAAUGAAAUAAGUUCCAUUUGUUUUCUUGGUCAAUUUUUCUCAUACACAUUUCCAUUCAAAAUACCAAUUUUCAAUAUCUUGGUCUAACAUGAGAUUUUAUAAAUUAAAUUUCAAUGGCAUUUAGUACAUUCAUAAACAACAAUGUUAAACAUAUAUUACACAAUCUGCUACUCAGGUAAAUUGCCAUUCUCUAAAAGCCCUUUAGGCCAUUCAUAUCUGGGCAUGGUACACAGUGUACAAAUUGUAAAUGCUGUUAAGUAUUUUCACCAAAUUGACUCCAGAAAAUGCACCUGUUAUUGUUACUAAAGAGGAUGGAGUCAACAAUACAGUAC